CGAUGCAUUUUCACCUUCGACGGCGGGAUGCAAUGUCUUCCCUCCCGAGCUCAUGAUUUGUAAGCUUGCAGGCUAUGUGAUGUGGUACACGGGCUGUUCGAAGUCGUUGCUGCAUACAGAGUCAUUGGUGAGCGCCAUGAUACAAGGUUUAUUGGCGGCGAUGUCUGCGGAUAUAUGACUCUGGCAGGUGCUUCUUCUUCGAUACGACUAUCAUGAUGUUCAGCAGAGACAAAGCACUUUCGCCCGGCGAUAUCUGGCUCGAUCCUAUCAUAUACACCACUCAAUUCUCAUCAAGCCUUCAGAGCCGAAUAUGGGAACUUCUCUUUGCGUCCUCGGUGGAAGCGAUCUCGUCCAAUCGUGCUGGUAUCCUCGAUUUUGCCCAGUAUGACUGCAUAUACUCGGCUACAGUCAAUCUGGUAACCGAGGUAGUGGAGGAGGAUGAAGACAUCAUGGAUGAGAACGACGCCAGCCACGCCGAAGAUGCGCGGAAGAAUGACGAUGCCAGUGAGCAUACCCUCUGGGAACCUUUGCAGGAGGGCGAUAAAGCAGAUAAGGCAACUCCACCCAAUCCUAUCAUCGGAUUCGUGUACCUGGCUUCCGCUCAGUAUCCAGGUUCGGUGAACCUCGGAAUCGUGAUGCUGCCAGAAUUCCGUCACAAAGGCUAUGGUACGCGGGCUGCGCGUCAGCUCCUGACAUUAGCCUUCGCUGAAUUCCAGUGUCGUCGGGUUCAAGUGCAGAUCGGAGUCGCAGAGAAAAUACAAGAGAACCACAUCGUUAGGAUGUUCACUACACUAGGGUUUGCACACGAGGGUGUCAACCGACGUUGCUUGCUUAUCCCAUCACCAUUCCUAGACGAGCGUCAGGUCGGUGUGCGUGAAGAAUCGCGACAUGUCAUUAUUCUUGCUAUGCUUGAUAUGGAGUGGGUGGUGUUGAGCAACCAGAAGGCGUUACCUGUUGCGUUCGUGAAGACACGGUGGGAUGAGAUGUUCAGGAGGCAUCAACGGGAGAGGGACUGCAUGCUUGCUGUCGAAGAAAAGGCAGAUACUAUGCGCAAGGCUCUUCGUCGGACCUCCAGUAUGGAGACUGUCAAGGACGUUCUGUUCGUCCCGAUCAAAGCUGAGGCGGAGACAACAAGCUUAUCCAUCCAGGCGAACAGUUCAUCGUCACCAUCAUCUUCCUCUAUCUCAAGAGCGUCGGAUCCUGUUCCGGAGGACGACGCUCAAAAGAGUCAUACCCAAGUUUCUUACGCGUCCACAGUCACAACUAACGAUGACAUUCAGCCGCCUGUGCGGUAUUGGCAUCCCCCUAGUGACAGAGGCACGUCUGUAGAUUCACUACGGGAGGGGUCUGGGAGCCCGGAAUUAUCUGAUGCAGAGUUUGAGGGAAGCUAUGCAUCGUCACCUCCACGAUCACCUCUGUCGUUCGCCGUUACGGAUUCUGGCGCCGAAUCCGACUGGGAUCUAGGGUCUAACUGGAGUGGUAGAGCUUCACAAAGCGAGUCAGACUGGGAUAUGUGGGAGACAUACUCAGACAUCUCAGUGCGGAGACGGUCGAUGGUGGACGGAUGAUCAAUAAGUUCUUGCCAUUUUGGAUUCACUUGGGCAGAAUUGGGAGUACUCGAUCUCCUUAUGUAAGUGCAGGAGACGACGGACACCUUGCAAUUCUUGAUUAUGGUGUAAAACCGAACGAUAAACAUAUUAUUUAUUGAUACAUGCUUUAUUUAUAGGAGGAACUGCUUUAGUGACAGUGUCGCAAUGCCGGCAGUGCAUGGUCAAAUGUUGAUGAUGUUCAUAAAGGGGCAGUUAUACAUUUGCAGUGUACCUGAUGAACGCACGGUACCAUUAGUCUGGAAUCUACAUCUCAUAAACCAUAUGAACACUCAUCCAAGUUGAGUUUUCAUAUAUCGUGCUCAGCC